AUGGUAAUGGCCUUCGUUUUGCGUUUGUUUUUUAUACAAGUUGGAUUCACAGCUGUUACCACAAUUACUUAUUCGUGUUUAUCGAAUUCAACAUGUGGUUGUUCAGCAAGUUCAGCUAUUUUAACAAAAAUUAUUGGUGGUGAAGAGGCUGACAUAGAUGCUUGGGGUUGGGUUGUAUCUAUACGUAUAGGAAAUAAUCAUGUGUGUGGUGGUUCAUUAAUAUCUUCAACAUUAAUUUUAACUGCUGCUCAUUGUCUUAUGUCAAUAAAAUCAAUAGCAAAUCUUAAUAUUAAUGCUGGUUCAACUUAUCUAUCUAUUGUUCAUCAACGAAAAACAGUAUCAAGAAUUUAUAUUCAUCGAUAUUAUGAUUCAAAUACUUUUGUUAAUGAUAUAGCUAUAAUGCGCCUUUCAUCACCAGUAAAUAUAAAUGAUCGUUCGAUAGCUCUUAUUUGUUUACCACUAACUAAAACUAUUGAAUAUCCACCAAAAGAUGCAAGUGUUGUGGCUAUUGGUUGGGGUGUUUUAGCAUCAGGGGAUCAAGCUCCAUCUAAUGCACUUCAACAAGUUACAUUAAAAACAAUUUCAAAGACAAACAUUAAUUGUCGCAAAGCUAUUCAUAAUUCUACUAUUCAGUUUUGUUCUGCUGUUCAAGGAGGUGGAAAAGAUACAUGUCAAGGUGAUAGUGGUGGUCCAUUAAUGAUAUUUUCUAAUGGUCAAUGGAUAUUAGUUGGUAUAACAAGUUAUGGAAUUAGUUGUGCUUUAGCAGAUUAUCCUGGUGUAUAUACACGUGUUUCAUAUUACAUAGAUUGGAUAUCUUGUUUUAUAGCAAAUAAUAUAACUUGUAUUGAAAAUACAACUUUAAAACAAUAUUCUCUUUUAUCAGCGGGAUCAUCGAUAUUUUAUAAAAAUAUUUUAAUAGUUUUUAUUUGUUUGGUUAUAUGUAAACUACGCUUUCAUAGAUAA